AUGGCCAUUGAUACUGGCUACUUGACCACGCAGGUCACAUCUAUCAUCAGUCAACUGCAUGGACUGUUUGACGAGAUAGGCGUCCCUAGUCAUGAGCGCGAGUCGCGGGAGCAAGAGCUUUUCGCAUCCCUAUCAGACACCCUCCAGAGCCACCUCCGGCGCGUUAAUUGUGAGAAAAAUGACAUGCUCGAUGAAGCGCAACAGACAAUUCAAUUGAUUAAACAGAUGGAAGCGUCUCUAGAUGACUCCACCAAACAUACCCAUAAAAUAGAUGACGGAGAUCUCCGUAUUACUUUCCCACUCAAUCGCUGCUUGCAAGUAUUGAAAGAGAAGUAUUCCAUCAUCAGUAAAUUACAUCGUGAAAGAUUUGAGCAAAUAAAAAAGCUCGUCCAAGCCCUCGAGUCUUAUUCCUCUCACCUUGAGCCAUCAUUUGUGAAGGUCCCAUUACCUCCAACCACCGACGGGUCUGCCAUCCCACCCACCUUUGACCUCUCGCCAUCAUACGCAUCAGCCCUGGACAAAGAAUUCACUCGGGUUUAUGAAGAAUAUACACGUCGUGUCCAAGUAGUGCAGAAUAUUUCGGAAGAAAUAGUAAAACUCUGGGCGGAGCUAGGUACUCCGCAAGCACAGACUGACUCCCCAAUUGUUAAGCAUUAUCGCGAAUCGCCUGAGCAGUUAGGAUUGCACGAAUCAGAUCUUUCCUCACUUCGUGAAAAGCGAGAUAAAUUAAUCGACGAAAAGCGCGGACGCGAACGAAAAAUCAACGAAUUGCGAACUGCGGUUGAAUCAUUAUGGGAUCGCUUAGGGGUUGAGGAAUCUGACAGAAAAGGCUUCCUAGCCGGAAAUCGCGGAUGUGGUCUCAGGGUGAUCAAUGAGUUUGAGGACGAGCUGAGCCGCUUGAAUGAGUUGAAGCGACAAAACCUUCACUUGUUCGUUGAAGAUGCUCGUUGCCGACUUCAGGAACUUUGGGAUAGCUUAUUCUAUUCCGAGGAGGAGAUGCUUGACUUUACUCCCGCGUUUUCAGAUGUCUACAGUGAUGCUCUGCUUUCAGCGCACGAGGCAGAAAUUGAACGUCUUGAAGUACUAAGAGAGCAACGUGCCCCUACACUUGAACUGAUCGAAAAGCAUCGAACUCUUGUUCAAGAACGUGAUAGCCUGGCGGCUUCUAGCCUGGAUGCCUCUCGUCUUAUGGCUCGCGGAAAUAAGGGUGAACGCCGGGAUCCCACCAGGCUUCUAAGGGAAGAGAAAAUGAGAAAGAGGAUUGCGAAAGAGCUACCGAAAGUCGAGGCAGAGCUGCGCAGAGUCCUCGAACAGUGGGAGGAUGAGUACGGGAGACCAUUCCUCGUUCACGGUGAGCGAUAUCUGGAUGAAAUAGCCCCUCCCGCGGCAGCAAAAAUUCCGCCAAGAUCAAAAACGCCAAGUGGACCACCCCAACAGAGGGGUGCAAAUCUAGGGAGACCGCCAUCUUCGAUGCGCGGUGGUGGAUCGGUCAGAGGAUCACAGCCUCCUUCGCAUGCAAAGACUCCCACGAGGAGUGGUACCUUGAAACGUAAUGCACCAAAUCCAACUACCGGAAAUGGCAAUAAAUCGCCUACGAAAAUUCCAUCCCGUGCGCCUCUUGCGAAUAUGCCUCAUGGGAGUAACUCUCCCGAUCGCCGUCCACCUCAGUCUUUCUCCUCCAGCAUUCGUGGCAAGAUGCCACCUCCCCGUGCGCCACCUCCUAAGAUGCGAGAUCUCAAUGCCGCUGCGCGGCAGGACAUGUCUCAGAACUCAUUCUAUGCAGACGUAGAUCAUGGCAACAGCGUUCUGUCGUUAUCAAACUCCUAUGUGAGAUCAAUUACGCCGGAGGAUGUUUACGAUGAUCGAAACCAGCACUCCUACUUGAGUGCUUCGAUGUCCCAGUACAGGCCCGGUUCAUCUCAUUCAAUGGUGCAAUCUUUCAACCCGGCUGCUAGUGUCCAAAACCCAAAUUAUUACAGCCAUCAAAGACAGCAAUCACAACCGCAACUGCAACAUCAACCGAAACUUUACAUGCAACAACAGCAUCAACAUGAGCCAAUGGGUCCCCCUCCACGACCAGCUAGUCGACAAAUAUCAAAUACCUCCACUAUACAAACUGCCACAUCAGGAUCUGAAAAUUGGGAAACAUAUGAUAGUGAAUCUGAACCUGAAAUCGACGCCACGGACGUUUAUUACGCCAAACUGAGAGCCGCCCAAGGCAAGCGGCUUGGAGGAGAUUUGCAUAUUGGAGCCAUGGACACUCUGGCUGGCAAAAAGGCUAAGGGGAUCCGUGGAGUUGGCAUGGAUGAGCAAUAUCUUGAGGAGAACGGUCAGGUUAUGGGAGUCGCUGGCAGCGAUGCUGGCUGGACUGACGAUAUGGAGACUUACUAA